CGCCCCACGUCCUUGCGGCCUUCAACCAUAACCAACCAAUCGCGAUCGCGCACAACGGACUAUUUACAUUUUGAACUGACCUAUUCUAAAUAUGAAUUUGGGACUGUGCGGGCCUAAUCAUGUGUUCAGUGCGGCGUGGAUGUGUUUUGAUGUACCGUGCUGAAGGCGUUAGUUCCGUUUAUAUGGGUGCACUGGCUUGUUGCCUGACGUGGUCUGUCACCUACUUUCGAUGAUUAGAACGUACCAGUUUGUGUUGACAGUAAAUGAUAAUCAUGGAGGAUGUCAUAAAACAUAAGUUCAAAUGAGGCGGUUAAACGUUAAACAUGAACAGGCCGGGCUACGAUUAUACCGUGCCUUCAUCCACUGCCUACUAUCCGACUGUCAACCGACCUCCUCAGUACGAUCGGGGCUAUGGACAGCUUGCAGUCGGCCCUCUCUACAGCCCUUCUUCGCAUCCGCUAUCCAAUUACGCUGAUGUAUACGAAGGCAAUAACGACACCACACUCCGAGCUGAAGAGAGGCAUUGGUAUAUAGAAAAUCACAAAAACUUACAACCGAGUUACGAAAUAAAUCAUGAUACAACCCCUCAAGAUGCCAAAAUUAAGAAAGAGGAGGAGAAGAAAGCUGAUGUUCCUAUCAGAAGAGCCGAUGCAUCACAGGCACGACAGAGGCGGAAAGAAGACCGCUGCUCCUGUGAAUGUUGGCCGAGCACUGACAAUAACGACGUGGCGGAUAAUACUAGAGCAGAAACAACGAGAUCGUUGUCGGGUGUCGAUAUGGUAGCUUCAUAUGGAGUGUAUGGAAACCCGCAGGACGAUGACAGCUCCGGAUUCGCGCGGUUGUCCGAGAAGAAUGCGGCGUACGGGCAAGGCAGCGAAGCCCCGACACAGGGUGUGAUAGUGAACCAGCAGGGAAACAGUGCCGUGGUGCGGGCGACGGCCGGACACGAGAACACUUGUGGCAAGUGCUGUGUGUGGACUUCUAAUGCGCCUGCCGCUAACUCCGAGGACUAUUGCUGGAUACAUUAUUGUAGACCGGCUUUAAUUGUCCUUUUACUGCUGUUUUUUCUAGUCUUGUUGGGCGUGUCAACAGGGUUCUUAUUAACUAAUAACUAUUUACAUUAUCAGCCACGACCACCUGCUCCUGAGGAAGCGUGCGAGAAAACUUUUUGUCGCUGGGGUGCGGAAUGCGUGUCGCUCGGCGACGGGCGGGCCCACUGCGCGUGCCCGGUCAGUUGUCCGUCCGCGCCCGCCGCCGUGUGCUCCACUGCUGGCCGCACGUACCGCAACCAUUGCUAUUUGCGCAAGGAGGCAUGCGAGCGCAGACUGAACUUGCGCGUCAAGCAUGACGGCGAAUGUGAGGCCGGGGACCCCUGCGUGGGCGUCACCUGCCCCACGGGCUCUAGAUGUGCAGUCAACUUUGGGCAAGCAGAGUGCCGAUGUCCCCGCAGCUGCCAGAGAAGGAAGACUGUUUGUGGCACUGAUGGCAAGGAAUAUCCCUCCGCUUGCCACUUGGACAAGCAUGCGUGCGACAAUCAACUGAACAUCACUAUUAAAUACCAUGGAAAAUGCGAUCCGUGCGCUGAGCACGAGUGCGCGGACGGCGGUAUUUGCCAACUGAACGAGGCCCGCGCGCCUGUCUGCCGAUGCGGCCCGCCCUGCGACCUGAUUGCCAGAUCAGGGUCGGCGGUGUGCGGGUCCGACUACAAAGACUACCCUAGUGAAUGCGCGCUCAGGCGGGAGUCGUGUCGCAUACGGCAGCAACUUACGAUUGCCUACAGAGGAAAAUGUGCUUCCGCUCAACACCCAUGCGACUCGGUGAAAUGCGGUGUUCGCGAACAUUGCUCCCUGGACUCACGGGGCGUCGCCGUUUGCGGCUGUGGUCCGGAAUGCGAAGCCAUCGUGCGACCGGUGUGCGGGACGGACGGCCGGACGUACGACAGCCCCUGUCUGCUGGACCGGACGGCCUGCCGUGACAACAGAGAUGUCAGGACUGCUUAUAUGGGAGCCUGUGGUGAGGCGAACCCAUGCGCCCGUACAACAUGUCCAUGGGGCGGCGCGUGCGUCUCCCGCGGAGGCGCAGCGCAGUGCGCAUGUCCUGUCUGCGACGCGACGCUUGCGCCGGUCUGCGCGUCCGACCACAACACCCACGGUAGCGAGUGCAAGAUGAGAAUGCACGCCUGCCAAGAGGGCAUCCAGGAGGGGAAACUGAGAGUUCUCUAUAACGGAACUUGCCAAACUUGCGCCGAUAUGGUGUGUCAGGGCGGUGGCGACUGCGUCCUGAACGAAAACACCGGCCGUCCCGAAUGCCGAUGCAACCACAACUGCACCGAGACGCGGGACACAAGCGUGGUAUGCGGAACCGAUGGCCAGACGUACCUAUCGCAAUGCGAAUUGGACUCAACGGCGUGCCGUGAACAAACCAAUCUGCGGGUUGCUUACAAAGGCGAUUGUGCUUUAUGCGAGAACGUUCAAUGCUCGUUUGGAGCCCGUUGUGCCGCGGGCGAGUGCAUAUGUCCCAGCGACUGCACCGGCGCGGCGCGCGAGCCGGUCUGCGGGAGCAACAUGCAGACCUACUACAACGAGUGUGAACUCCAAAAAGCCGCGUGCCAGCUGUCCCCCGCCAACACUCUUCACGUAAUUUUCUAUGGAGACUGCAAAGAUAGGCUUGCGGUUGUACCACCCAUUGCAAUGACUACGACCGCGGUGACCACGACCGAGGCGGACGAAGGGUCGACGGAUUCCUCGGGUGCGAGCGAUCAGUUCGGCACGGCGGAUCCGUCGGCUUGCCGCGAUAUCCGCUGCGACUUCGGAGCCAGCUGCGAGAUCGGCGCUGACCAGUACCCGCGCUGCUCCUGCCUCUUUGACUGCCCGCCAGACGACGAAUACUUCCCGGUCUGCGCUUCCGACUUCAGACUUUACCCUAGUAUGUGCGCGAUGCGAAAAGAGGGCUGCCAAAAACAACUCGAGCUAAGGCUGCGACCACUUGAUUUAUGCAAAGGCAUGGAGGUCCGGCCUUGCGGUAACAGUAAGGCGAUGGUCGAGCGGACCACGGGACUUGAGAUAGAUUGCGGUAACGGUCCGCACCGACAAGAUUGUCCGGCCGGCAGCUACUGCCAUAUUACCCUAACUGCAGCAAGGUGUUGCCCGAAAAACGACACGAAGCAGUAUGAAGAUAAGAAGGGGGGUUGCUCGGAGAGCGGGUUCGGGUGUUGCUCGGACGGCGUGACGGCGGCGGCGGGUCCUAACGAGGAGGGGUGUCCGAUAACUGGCUCUAGUUGCGGCUGCAACCGGCUCGGAUCGGUGUCAGAUCGGUGCGACGAGAGCGGGCAGUGUGCGUGCCGGCCGGGAGUGGGCGGGCUGAAAUGCGACCGCUGUGAGCCUGGCUACUGGGGGCUGCCGAGGAUCGGCUCAGGACACACGGGAUGUAUACCAUGUGGCUGCUCCGCUUUCGGAUCCGUGCGUGAGGACUGCGAGCAGAUGACGGGACGCUGCGUGUGCCGCGCCGGCGUGCAAGGCCAGAAGUGCACCGUCUGCGCCGACCAUCGCGCGCGUUUGGGGCCCAACGGCUGUGCUGACCCGGAAAGUGGCGGCAUCGCGCAGUCUUGCGCGGAACUGUCGUGCUAUUUCGGCGCGGUGUGCACCGAGCGCACGGGCGGCGCGCUCUGCGAGUGCACUGCGGCGCCUUGUCCUGACAGCGAUAAUAAUAUGCUGGUAUGCGGCAGCGACGGCAAAACUUAUGAAUCAGAGUGUCACCUGAAAUUGCAAGCGUGUCGCACGCAAGAGGACAUUGUAGUACAAGCGUUCGGGCCGUGCAAGCUGUCUGAGGUGGCUGGCACGGCGGGCCCGCCGCGGCCGUCCUCGCCGAUACAGUUCACGCAACAAGACGACGGCGCCGCCUCCAAGUCCACCAGGCACCUGCUCAACCCUGACAAGUACAACAAGUACGAUUGGCCGAAAAAAGAAACACCCAGCGACUUCGAAGGGAGCCUCAUGGGACAAAAGUUUAAGGGUGCACAAACAGCGACCACGGCUACGGUGGGCGCGGUGGGCGCGCUGCUAGGCGACCUGUGCUCUGACGACGGCGACUGUGCCGCGCUGCCCGGCGCUCGCUGCGCCCGGAGCGCGUGCGUGUGCCGCGCCGGCUACCAGCCCGCGCAGCAUCGAAAGGGAUGUAUCGAGCAAAUGACUCAAGAGACGACGGAGGAAUACAGCGCGUGCCUAUCAGAUCCGUGCUAUAACUUAGGUAGCUGCGUCGACCUGCCAGGAUCGACUUACGCUUGCGUCUGCACCGGACUUUAUACUGGAAUGAACUGCGAAUAUCUUAUAAAAGAUAGCCUGACACCUUACAUAGAAACACCGUUCUUUGAUGGCUCUUCUUUCAUCCGCCUUAAACCUUUGAAGGCGUAUCACAAGCUGAAUAUCGAUAUCGAAUUUAAGGCUUUCACUGAAAAUGGCGUCAUAUUGUACAAUCAGCAGAAAUACGAUGGAACGGGCGAUUUUGUUUCUCUCGCCUUGGUAAAUGGAUAUAUAGAGUUCAGGUACAAUCUUGGAAACGGAGCAUUAGUCCUGACUUCUUUGGAAAAGAUUACAUUGAAUGAGUAUCACAAAGUAUCUGCAAAAAGAUACCAUCGAGAUGGCAUAUUAUCUGUUGACGAUAUGGAAGACGUUGUAGGACAAUCUAGCGGACAUCUAAAGGCUCUGGACUUAGCCGAAGACGCUUACGUGGGCAGCGUACCUUCUAACUACUCCAAGGUUUUCGAUAAUAUCGGCACACGGAGUGGUUUUAUCGGGUGCGUGAAAUACUUAAGAAUAAUACGUCAUCAAGUGACAAAGAAAUUGGGAAGGCCGGACCCAUUAGUGGUGUCUAUGGAGAACGUUCGAGAGUGCCAAUCUAAUCCGUGUAUGAGUAUGCCGUGUAAGAACGGGGCCACGUGUAGAUCUAUAGAGGGAUCGGCAACGGAAUAUACUUGUAUCUGCCCUAUCGAAUUUCAAGGAGCCAAUUGUGACGAGAGAUUAGAUCCAUGUGAAUCGAAUCCCUGCGGAUAUGAUGAGGGGCUAUUGUGCGACAUCGGACCCGACGGCGGCCAUGUGUGUCGCUGUUUGUUUGGAGGUGAAAUUGGCUCCAACGGAAAUACUUGCAAUAACGAUGUAAACAUUAUACAAGAGUCGUGGAUUCCCCAGUUCAAUGGGACGAGCUACAUCGAAUUAUUGCCACUCGAAGGGCUGGGGAAAGCGUUCCGCAUUGAAAUCUGGUUUUUAACGAACAGACUCUCAGGGAUGCUCCUUUACACCGGCCAGUCUAAUAUAGCCAAGGGGGAUUUCAUAACAAUUAACUUGGUUAAUGGAUACCUCCAAUUUAGGUACAAUCUGGGGAGUGGCGUUGCCAAUAUCACGUCUCCAGUACCGAUAGAGAAGGGUCGUUGGCACCGCGCUCGGGUGACCCGCGCCGGUCGCCACGGUAGCCUGCAGUUAGACCACCACCCCACACAACGGGGGUCAUCUAUGCCGCCACUUACUCAUUUGGAAUUAACACUACCACUCUUUAUUGGGUCUUUACCUGCUUACAUCCGUCCACAUAAAAUGUCAGGCGUGAUCAGCAGUUUUAUUGGCGCGGUGCAAAAAGUAUUUGUCAAUGGCAACCAGCUCCCUUUGUACAAUGGGGACACGGCGAAAUGCGCUAUAGUACAAGAAGAGGAUAAGCUGCCUUGUGCUACUAGCGGGGUUACUAAGUACGUCGGAUCGCCCUGUGGAAUCGGUAUAACUCCGUGCAAGAAUAAUGGAUCUUGUAUACCACUUCUGAACGAAUAUAAGUGCAUUUGCCCCGACGGCUUCCAAGGCAGAAACUGUGAAAUUCAACUCAACGUCGAAAUGUUGAAGGACGGAGCGCCGGUCCAGUUCGACGGUAAUAAUUACUACUCGUACAGAAGUCGAGGAAGCCGCAGGAGACGCGGCGAUCGAGGUUUUAGAUACGAAAUAAAAUUUCGUACAUACAACGACUCCGGCCUUUUAAUGUGGAGGAGAAAAAUUGGUAUACGAGCGCGAGAUUUCAUUGGCUUGGGCAUAAACAACGGCAAAUUACAAUUAAUUUACACGGACACUGACGUCAAGGAGAUGAAUUCUGUCACACACGAGGAAUGGUUCCAGUACAUAGAAUCUAAGAAUCGAGUAGACGAUGACAUGUGGCACACGGCAACGGUACGCAGAAGAAAAAGGCUAGCUAUGCUACAACUGGACGACACGGCUCCCAUAAGGGGGUACUCGCAAUCCUUGCUUGUGCCCUCGAAAUCAAACCCCAAACUAUGGAUUGGGGGAUCCCCAUCACUGCCCUUGGGGUUGCCGGCUGCUCUGUACACAGGGUUUCGUGGUUGUGUAGCUAGUGUGAAGGCAAAUGGCCGACGAAUCGACAUCGCUACGCCAAUACGGCCGACGACGACGAUACGACAUUGCGAUUGAUAUAAUACACGAUACGAAAUCGAAUAAUGAGUUGCCAAACUCUAUUUUGCUAAAAUUACGAAGCGUAAUGGAAAACACUGUGAGAUAACAAGUAUUAUUUUUUAGAUUUUGUGUCGACUAGCAGUUUAUUGUACCUGUCAUAAAUAAUGUAGUUUCUGAUACAGAUCUCUUCGGCUGCGUAUCAAUAUCUUUUUUCGCAGUUGUUUUUGUAGAGUGCCUGUUGAAGAGUAUCAAGGGAUAAGUGUAAUCAUAUCUCUGUUUAGAGAUAAAAGAGUAUUCAUAUCUGUAACCAAAAUAAUAUGUUGCCAUAAUACGUUACAUUUAGCAUUAUAUUUAAAAUAAGAUUUAAAUCAAUUUUUACUUCGUCAAAUCGGUGCUCGAAAACACAUCAGAGGUAUAUUGGAAAAAAUAUAUAGGUAUAUAGAAUGUGAGAAAGUACCUACUGAAUUAUACUUAAUAUUUUGUUGUUAUUAGGUACUUAGAGAAAUACCUACUAAAAUAGUUUUUAGAUUAGUUAGUAAUAAUAGGUUUCUUUAUUGAAUACGGGCUGAAAAUAUGUAACACGAUAAUUAUUAGAUUUGAAAUUUGUAAAUGUUUAUCCAGAGUAGGUAAAUUAUACGGGCUUUACAAUAACAUUCCAUUCAAUUACUAUUGAUAAUAAUUGUUUCAUGUACGAAUUUAGUAUUUUUACCCAGUUUGUAAAAUUCAUGAUGAGUUAGUUGUGUUAAAUACUGAUUCAUCUUAGUCUAUAUAAAAGGCUGUUCCUUAUUAUUUAUCGAAGUUAUAUUUUUCCACGAGAGACACGCUUAAUGUAAAAUCUACCAACGAAAAAACAAUGUAUUUUUAAACACAUUUUAGGGGUCCCACCGCACUUUGAAAAUUUGGACUCUCCGUACAAGAUUGAAUUUGUUUAGAAUUUUCAUUGUGGAACGACGAUUCAAAGUGUAGGUAUACGAUUCCAAUAUACCCUCUUAUUUGGAUCCUCCAUACCUCCAUGUAUUUAAAAAUUCUGAGAAAAAAAAAUACAUUCUUUUAUUUAGUAAUAAAUUUUUGUAUACAGCGUGUGCCCCGUAGAAAAAUAUAACUUCGACGAAAUAAGAAUAAUGAAUAUAAUGAUUAUUUAAUAAAUGUUUUGUUUUUUCUUCGCAAAAUAUUGAUAUAAAUGCUGUUGUAUCUUGAAGUCCAUGCAAUAAUAUUAUUGACAAAUUAGUAAUGCUUAUUUAUUAGCAACGUGUUAACAAAUGAAAUCAAAUAGGUAUAAUAUGGACAAAUGUAACUUUCCAUGCAAUUCCAAUUCCAGAUGUUUGUUGACUGAAUCCCUACUAAGACUAUGGUCACAUAUUAUUAUAAGUACUCUUACGAAUAUUUGACUAAAAUCGCAAAGUUUUGCUUUUACAAAAAAUAUUCAAUACUCUUUUACUUUUUUAAUCGGUUGUCCUUGUAGAAUUAAUUAUAUUUCCACUGCGAUAUACAAACGUUGCCUGUAUUAGAUAAAUAACAUUCCAUUAAUCUGAUUAAGUUAAAGUGAGUUAAUUAUGAACAGUGCCAUAGUUUGUACAGUUUAGCAAUUACCCAUUACAAUAGUUAUACAUAAUCCUACGAAUAGAUUAGUUUGAUUUGUUUUACUUGGUAUGUCUGCUACUAUGGUGGACUAAAACGGAGGCUCUCGAGAAGUACUGCAACAUAAAUAUGGAUCUGUUUUUGGCGUAACCCUCAUAUAUUCAAAAUCAUAUUGAACAUUUCAAGUAGGUUAUAUCGAAUUUUAUUUUUAAAAAUGGGGAAUUUUAAUAAAAGAAAAUUUUAUUCAGCGUGUAUUUGCAUUGGUUAGAUAUGGGUGCCCUUCUUGCUGCCAGAAGUUAAAAUUUGCUGCUAUUUAAAUUAAAAAUUGUUUUAUAAAAAAUAUAGCGCAAUAAUUUUACAUACUUAUGAGGGACAUUUUGUAAUAUAGAUGUAUAUACGUAGAUUAGAUUUUUUUACAAGCCGCUUAUAAUAUUUUUAAUGUAAUGUUACUAUCGUAUUGAAUAAUUCAUUGACGAUAACAGAUGUUUAAUAUAUAACCCGGUGGUACUCGCCAGGUACAGUCAGCAGCAGAAGUUGCUAAGCGGGCGAGGUAUUCAAAAUUAUCUUAACGCGCUCUUAUUCUCUUAACAACAAAGUCGCGUCAAGAUCAUUUUGAACACCUGGCCCGCUUAGCAACUUCUGCUGCUGACUGUAUUUUUAAACACACCACUGCACAGUUGCUGCGGGGUAAAAAAAAUACCUGGGAUUGUUCUAUGGAAAUGAUUAAAAACGGGAUACUCAAAAUUUUCUUUUUCCGAGGAAAUAGUGACUAAAGUGUCCAUAAAUGUUCAUGUCAAUGAAUGUAGUGUUAAAUAAUUGAUGAUUUUUAAAGAUGUUUUGUCAUUUUCAUGCGAAACUAAAUUUACCUUAUGAGUAAAACUGUCAAAAUUAUUUUGUAUUAAGUACCUAAUAAUUAUGUAGUUGGAAUACUUAUAUAGUAUUAUAAAUACUAAAAUUAACUAAAAUAAAAGGAUGACAAUAUUAUAAAUAUUUAUCAACAUGAAUUGUAGGAUUACUUUUUUCAUGUUAGACAUGCUUCGUGAUCGACGAAACAUAUCCCAUUUUAGGUGAUUACCGUUUAAGAGAACCCUUCCCCCAGUCAAAAUAAAAUCUUUUUUUAAACGAUUGGGAAAUAUUAUCUUGCUAAUUUUCAAAGCCCAUCGCCGUUUGAUUAACGACCGUAGUACCGAAACUCAUGUCAGAAUAGUCAGCAUAAAAAAACUAUAUAUGUUAUUUACGUCAUAGUAUGUUUAAUUAAUGCCGUCGAAUUUUAUGAGUCUAAAAUCUUAGCUGAAGUCAGCCCCAUUAAAAAAUAUACAUAAACUUAUCAACUACCAUUAAGUAUACCUAAUUGGGCUCGAAAUGAGGAAAUUGACGUAGGAAACUGUCCAAGGAUUGAUGUUUCUGUACAGCUGAGAGGCUGAGAGUAGGCAUUUUAAAUAUAUUAUUUAUGGUCAAAAAUAACACUAUUGGUGGCAAAUAACAUCAAUCACCUUUAUACAACUUCACGCAAAACACCAUUAACAUGAACGAUGGUGAAUAAAAAACCUGACUUUUUAAAAUGUGGAAAAGUGAAUGGACUUCGUUAGUACUAUUUAUAAAAAAAUAAACAACGAUUCAGACCGUCGAGUAGCUUUUAUCUGAUAAAUUUCCUAACAAAAUUUUUAUUCAUUGCUUUGAUCACCAUAAUUACAAGUAUCUGAGCGUUUUCCAAUAAAAUAUUGAAAACCUGAUCCUUACAAAUCUAGAAUUUCUUGGGCCCAUUCCACUCAGAAUCGUCAGCAUUUAAAAAUAGAUGUGCUUAAAUGUCCGUUCCAUUACGUCAUGUUUUAGUGUGAAUUUUUUCACUUGUAUAUGCGUGACGUAGUGGAAACUGUUAUUAUUAUUUUGAAAAUCGUGUCUAAAUGUUUCCAAUUAGUUGGACAAAUACCUACUGUAAAAUUAACGAUUCAUAAAAAAUACCCGGGAAAACAAAACAGUUGUCAGGUUUUUCUCUGAAGUUCAUUAAUUAACCUUUAUAAUAGAAGAGGAUUUGUUACUGGAAUUGCCUUUAGAUGGUUUAGUAUUAUUUCAAAUGAUUGUCGUUGGUUCUGGCAUCCUGUAAUUAAGAGCAACUGUUUCGAACGGCAUUGCAUGACCCUCUUGUUAAAUGAAUUUGAAUGGGGCGAAGGGUUACAGCAAUAAACCUACCUGUAUAAUAUUCUGCCACUGAUUCAUUAAGUACAUAUCUUCCAGUCCAAAUUGUUACGCAAUGUGUGUUUGAUGUAACUAAAUAUCUUAGUUAAAUUAAUAAAUCAUGAAUGAAAAAAUAAAUGAGACUGCAAUCCGUA